GAUUGGAUGCGGCUCCUGAAUUGAUCUGGUCCCCUCUCAUUCUCUCUUAUCUCUCAUUUCACCAUCUGGCUCCUCAGGGGAAGACGCUCAUUUCCACCGGGCUCCCCUCUAUAUAAACCCAAACAGAAGCUGAGGGGAACAGUCUGUACCAACAGCCCACACUCUGCUGCCAACUUAUCGGGGGAAUAGUCACUAUUGGAUCCUGGUGGGCACAGGCUUUUUUUCCCCCCAGUAGCUCGGAGUGUGUUUGCUGAGGGAGGUCGGGCAGGCAGGAGCUGUUUCUGGCCUCAGGACCCUCGCCCCCUUCCACCCGCCUCCCUUUUUCCUGUAUGUCUGACGGAGGACUCCUGGAGAUGAAAAGCCCGCGGGAGGAGGAUUUGUUCCCGUUCGCUCGGGAGCGGCUGGGAGAUGUCCCGGCCGAGCUGCUGUCCUUGCUCAGGCAGAGGGAGAAGGAGGUGCGGCUGGCGGCCGAGCUGGGCAAGGCUCUGCUCUCGGAGAACCAGGAGCUGAGGAGGACGAACGAGCAAAUCCACCAGCACUUCAGCCAAAAGCUAGAGGAACUGGAACAGGAGAAAUAUUCAUCACAUCUGAAACAUGAGGGGAGGAGGAGUGAAUGGGAGGCUCAAGUAGCAGACCUAGAGAGUGAUCUACAACAGUUACAGCUAGAGCUGCAGAAACAGCAGCAAUAUCUACAAGAGGUUGAGAAAGCUAAAAUAGACAUGGAAUGUGACCUAAGUGAACAAAACCAGAGGCUGGUGGAGCAACUGAACAAAGCAGCAAAGAUGGAGCAGGCCCUCGCCCAUGAGAUCAAAACACUAAGGGAGAGGUUUAUGGGCAAAGAUUUUCUGGCGAAUGAGAAUGCAACAAGGACACAGAACCUUCAUGUUGAGCUAGAGCUUUUGGCUGAGCAGAAAUAUAACUUGGAGCAGCAGAUCGUCACAGUGCAGAAGGAGAACUUGGCACUAAAGAACAUCAUUGACUCCAUGCAGGAAGAAUUCUCACAGUUACAACAGAAGAACACUGAACAGCUCCUGCAGUUAACCCUGGCACAGGAGAAUGUCAGACAAGUCCAGGGCUUGAAUCACCAACUGCAGAACCAAGUGCAGGAGCUGCAUGAGCAGCUGACGAUGCAGGAAUCCACCAACCACAACGAUUCCCUUCUCUCUGAAAUUGAGCACAAUCUGGAGACUGAGGCUCAGGCUUGGGAGGCUGAGAAAGAUCAGGUAAAGAAUGAUAUUGUGAAUAUCCAUCAGCAAUUACUCACCUUGAGUGGUGUGAAGUGCUCUGACAGUUUGACUGGAUGUCAGUUUCAUAGUCUGCAGGCAGCCCUUUCGCAUCUCAAGGAGCAGGUCCACAGCCUAACACAAGGCCCAGCUCCACAGGUUCUCACAGAAAGCAGUCAGAAAGAAUUGGAGGAGGAACUAAGGAGGGAACGACAGCUAAACCGGCAGGAACAGGCAAUGAAUGAAGAGAAGCAACAGAUGAUUGAGGAGCUUCAGAGACAGCUAGAGGUGCUAAACACAGAUCUGGUGAAUCUCCAGAAGGAAAACGAUAGUUUGCGGAGCAGCCUGGAGAAUGACUCUGGUCAUCGGCAUUUCCUGCAAGCAAUCCGUGAAAGAGACAUCGCGAUAACGAAAAAAAAUGCAGUGGAAGCAGAGCUCCUGAACUGUCAAAUGGAUAUGAAAUCAUUGAACUCCCAGCUUCUGGAGACCAUUCAACAGAAAGUGGGUUUGUCACAGGAAUUAGAAGCUUGGCAGGAUGACAUGCAAUUUGUGAUAAGUCAACAACUCAAAACCCAGCAGAAGACCGAACAGGCCUUGAAUGCUUCCUCCCAAAAUGACAGCCAGUACAGGGAUUCCAAACGUCGCUACUCCUUUCUCCAUAGAAAUCAAAUUCCCGAAGGAAAAGGCUUUCUCUCAUUGUUUAAGAGGUGAGCAGUGGUUGCCUCCGACUCCUUUCCUCCCUACAAUCUUCAUCAAACCGAGUGGCUGAUAGGCCAGGAAAUUAUUCUACAGAGUGUAUCAAAUCUCCAGGGACAAGGCAAACUCCAAAACUCUUCUCUUGAAAAUGCCACUGAAUUUCAUGUAUUGAUCAAGAAAAAGCCUGAAGCCAGGGAUGUAGACUACUGGAUGCAGAAUUAGUUUGAAAAACAAAGUUGAUUUUAAAAAAUCAACUAAUACAUAGAAAGGCAAAGGACAAGAUGUCAAUAUUGCAAGAUUCUGGAGACAAACAAAAAAAAUCAAGAGGAGGUGGUUGUCAAGACAUGAACAGAUAUAAAAUUGUUUAUUUUCCACACUGUAAUACAAAAUCUACCAGCUCCAUGACAGGCUGCAUGGAGCUCAAGGUGGUCAAUACUUUUUUUCAUAACUGGUGAUUAAUGAAGGUUUCUUUAAAAGAAUAAAUUUGUAAAGUAAUAGAAUACAAACUGCCGAUGCAGAUUUCCAUCAGUAUCUGUAAAUGGAAAAGGUUGGUUCAGAUUUUUGGGUCUUUAUCAGAUUCCUAAAUGUCAUGCUGGAAAGUUGGUACCCAAAAGACUAAUCUGACUGGCUUUUUACAGGUGACAGUGUUGUUCUAUAUUUUUAGCCUUUUCUGUAUUUUUUUUAUUUCCAGUAUACAAAGUUUUUUGUUUCUUUUUAUUUAAAGUGUAAAAUCUAUUAAAAAAAAAGCUUAUAGUUAUUCCACAUGUUCUCCAAGUUUUUGUGGCACCA